AUCACUUCCUGGUUCGACUUGUCUACGGACAUUUCGGCUGGUAACUAAGAAGUGUUUCAUGUUUUUUUCCAGCGAACAACACAUCGAAAAAACAGAAGUAAUACAGACACAGGAUGUCCUUGAUGGAGCAUAAUUUAGUUCGGCCUGUGACUGCAGUGGCUUGGACGUCCAACUCCAGCACCUGCCCCAAAGAUUUUAACCUGAUCAGCAUCACCGAGGAUGGAUCAUCAGCAAACUUCACUCGCAGUUUUGCGAUAAAGUCUGGAUAUUACCUCUGUUACAGCAAGGACCUGACAGGUGGCAUGAUAGUGUCAGACCUUCAAGUUAUUUCAGAAAAAGACUCCAUCCCUCAUGGUUACUGCUAUAUUGCAGAGCACCUUGAAGCAAAGACCUCCGUUUCAAAGAAAAAACGUGUGUGCGUACGUGUAGUCCCAGUGGGCAGUGUGGACACAGCUGUGUUGGAUGUCAAACUGACGAGUAAAAGCAAAAUGAUGUUGCAGCACUACACAUGUGUUGGUGACAUCCAUGGAUAUGUGCUGUGGUGCAGGAAGGGGCAUUUUUCUAACCCGAUGCCCCAAGCCAAGCCCCGCAGUCUCUCCUUGGACAUCCGCCAACUUUCCUUGGAGCAGCCACCUGCUCCUCUUCCUCUCAGACCAAGCAACCCUCCUCCUCCUCUGCCACACAGCAGGCUAAGUCAGAGACGCUGCAGCCUCAGUGUUAAGGACAACCUGGAUAAACCUGCUGACAGCAGUUUUCAGGGAAUUACAGCCCUAGAUGGAGUUCCUUUCAUCCUGCAUCCAAAUUACGACAUCCAGGCAAAUGGAACGACUCUUCAGCUAAACACACAAUUAAACAACAUUCGUAUAAAGUCUCUGAGAGACAUUGAAAAUGAAUAUAGCUACACAUUCACUGUUGAGGAAUCCGCUGCAAAGAGGACCAGACCUGCAAUCCAAACAGGAGAGGCCUCCUUGGCUCAGUGAUCUUUGCACUUUGUCGAAACAAAACCAAGUUUCUGUUUUUUAUUCUGUCCAAUGAAGGUUUCUAAUGUAACAUCUGACAUCAGGUGCAAAUGAAGGAUGAUGUCAAAAUGUAGAGUCAUAUUAGUA